AUGACGGGGGAAGACGAGGACUUUGACCUGUCAGGUAAUGAAGAAGCACAUUCUCCCACAGCAUCGGGGGUGCGCAGAAGGUCGGUGGCUAGCUCGACGCAUCCUACGAGGUCUAAGCGUGCCAAAUAUGCGGCUGCCGCUUGCACCGAGUGCAAGAAGCGGAAGCUUAAGUGCAUCAGACUAGGGAAUGAGGAAGAGUGCCAGAGAUGCAUGUCAGGUGGUGUCGCGUGCACAUUCGGCCCAGCUGUCACGCAAGAAGGCGGGACUGUCGCUAGAGAAAGGGUCAGAAGCAGGAGGAAGUCAAGACAAAACAGGUCAGCGCUGCAUCUUAUGCAAGCGAGCUCCGAGUAUGUUGAUCUUCGGAGUGAGCUCUCCAUGCUUAGGGAGCAGGUAGCCACACUCGCAAGCACUGUGGGCAAGCUAGCCUCAGAAAAGAAUCGUCAAGGAACGUCGGCUUCUCCAGGAUCUCAGCAACAGAUGUCUCUUCACGACAAUUCUUCUGUCCAAGGAGAACAAGAACCAAAGCAACCGCAAUUCGUGGGACCCACAAGAUCAGCGUUCAGUCUCAAGGUUGCUGAGACGUCAUUAACGCGGAUGGGAAUAUCGGCUCAUGAUCCGGUCACGACAGCGGUCAGCGAAUCUCUCGCGCCCACCCGAUACCCAACUCCCGAACAGUCCGAACCGUCACUUUGGGCACCUGUAACGGACAUCUUACUCACUAUUCCACUUGAGGAGUUCGUGAGACUUCUUGAAGUCUUUGAAGAAGAGGUAGAGAUCGUCUACCCCUUUAUCGACACGCGUGAGAUGAUUUCAAAAGCCGCGGAUAUUCGUGCGUAUGUGGAGGCAAACACGGACUGUACGGUACCUGGCGCUAUACCAGGCGUAAGUGUAGACAUCAAAGAUGUUAUUCUCGCAAAAGUGGCUAUCGCCAUAAGCAUGGUGGUUGAGGCGCACGGUAAGAAUCACUCAAGUAGCAAGCUGGUCGAACCUGUAAAACACCUGAUUUAUCAGCUUACGCUCGAUGCCGAGGCAGAUCUCAAGGUCAUUCAGAUCAUGGCCACGAUCAGCAUCUACUACUUCUUCUCGGACGAAGAGCUACUUGCAUGGAGAAACAUCGGCAUUGCAGCGCGAGCAUCUCUGGAGAUGGGCUUGCAUCAAAACCUGAGUCUCACAGACAAUUUUCCAGACCCUAAGACGCGGAGUCUAGCAGUGCGGGUCUUCUGGUGCGUCUAUGUCUUGGAUCGUCGCUGGAGUUUCGGGACCAGUCUAUCAUUCGCCCUCUUUGACCGAGAUAUCGACCCAAAUUUGCCUGAGCCAUCUGAAGAUUUCCAGUAUCUUCGUUGUUUGAUAGGUUACGGACGGUUAUGCUCCAAGGCAUGGGACGCUUUACCUCCAUUCAGCGCACCUUCUCAGUCUAUCCCAAAAGAUACGGUCGCGUUCCUCGAUUUCACGGCCCAAAAUUGGCUCAAAUCAAUACCCCCUGAUCUUCAAUUGCGUCACCCGCAACACGGCAGUAUACAGACAGCCCAACCCCGCUCUAUUCGUCGGCUGAGAGCUCUCCUAUAUUUGCGGGGCAAUCACAUCAGAACUCUGAUAUAUCGACAUCAUGUCAUCAGCUCAACAAGCAUCGAGGCUGAUGUAGAAAAGGCUCGCCUUGUUGUGGACAUUGCUAUCGAUAGCAUAUCAGUCUUGGUUCAUCUGAGCGAAACGAGCGACAUUUACGAACGGCAGCAAAGCGCGUUCAACUAUUUUCUGUUGAGAUCUCUCGCCGUCAUCUUUCUCGCCGUUUGCCAUGGUACGCGAAUAUUUGCCGAGCCAUGCAGAGACAGCUUCCUCGCCGCUGUGGAGCUCGUCAAGUGCUUUUCUCGACGGGGAACAGCCAGCCGCAGACUUUGGAAGAGCAUACGAGGUCUCUUGCCCCUAGCGCAUCGCAUCGGGCUCCGUGGUGACGAGCAUGCUGGCGGGCGACGGGUUGAUGCGGGCGAGCAACCGUCAAAUAUGAUCUCUAGCUCUUCUCACCCCAUGGACACAGUGAUAGAGGAAGAAAAUCCUUCGUCUGCCGUGGGAUUGGACUCAAGCUUUGCAACGAUCCCAUCAGCGCAGCCCAUGGGUAUGAGUGCAGAGUUUGGUGCUGGAGCCCCGGAUGCAUUUGCUCUCAGCAAUGAUUUGAUGUUUCUGUUCGACGCUUUUGAGCAGAACGAAGACAUCUGGGCAAAUGGGAUGCAGGAUUAUGUGGGAGGUAAUGAACAACAGCCGCCAUUGUCUGGAGAGGAGAUCUCGCGUCACUUCUGGGGUUUGAUUUAG